GCAGCCCGGGAUGCUGCGCGGUGCUGAGCACUGAGGGGCACCAUGGGGAGCGCGGCGUAGCCCCCGCCGUGGCCCCCCCGCCGUGGCCCCCCCCACCGUGGCCCCCGCGUGGCGCCGGAGCCCCCCCACCCCGUCCCGGUCGGUGCUGAGCGCUCCUUGAUGGAAUUGCGGUGAAUGGAACAGAAGCCCAGCACCCUGGACCCGCUGUCGGAGCCAGAGGACACCCGGUGGCUGGAUGGGAAGCGCAAAAGAAAGAGCAGCCAAUGUUUGGUGAAGAGCAGCAUGUCAGGGUACAUCCCUAGUUACCUGGACAAAGAUGAACAGUGCGUGGUGUGCGGGGACAAGGCCACCGGCUACCACUACCGCUGCAUCACCUGCGAGGGCUGCAAGGGAUUUUUCCGUCGGACCAUCCAGAAGAACCUGCACCCCACCUACUCCUGCAAGUACGAUGGGUGCUGCGUCAUCGACAAGAUCACCCGCAACCAGUGCCAGCUCUGCCGCUUCAAGAAGUGCAUCUCCGUGGGCAUGGCCAUGGACUUGGUGCUGGAUGACUCCAAGCGGGUAGCGAAGCGGAAGCUGAUCGAGGAGAACCGGGAGCGGCGGCGGAAGGAGGAGAUGAUCAAGUCGCUGCAGCAUCGCCCCAACCCCAGCGCCGAGGAGUGGGAGCUGAUCCACGUGGUGACAGAAGCCCACCGCAGCACCAACGCCCAGGGCAGCCACUGGAAGCAGAAGCGGAAAUUCCUGCCCGAGGACAUCGGCCAGUCCCCCAUGGCCUCCAUGCCCGACGGGGACAAAGUCGACCUGGAGGCGUUCAGCGAGUUUACAAAAAUCAUCACCCCGGCCAUCACCCGCGUGGUCGACUUUGCCAAAAAACUGCCCAUGUUUUCGGAGCUGCCUUGCGAGGACCAGAUCAUCCUGCUCAAGGGGUGCUGCAUGGAGAUCAUGUCGCUGCGGGCGGCCGUGCGCUACGACCCCGAGAGCGAGACGCUGACGCUGAGCGGGGAGAUGGCGGUGAAGAGAGAGCAGCUCAAGAACGGCGGCCUCGGCGUCGUCUCCGAUGCCAUCUUCGACCUGGGCAAGUCCCUCUCUGCCUUCAACCUGGACGACACCGAGGUGGCCCUGCUCCAGGCCGUGCUGCUCAUGUCCUCAGACCGGACGGGGCUGAUCUGCGUGGAGAAGAUCGAGAAGUGCCAGGAGACGUACCUGCUGGCCUUCGAGCACUACAUCAACUACCGCAAACACAACAUUCCCCACUUCUGGCCCAAGCUGCUGAUGAAGGUGACGGAUCUGCGGAUGAUCGGCGCCUGCCACGCCAGCCGCUUCCUGCACAUGAAGGUGGAGUGUCCCACCGAGCUCUUUCCCCCCCUCUUCCUCGAGGUCUUCGAGGACCAGGAGGUGUAGGGCUGACACCCCCCCACCCCGGGCCCCCCCCCAAAAACCCUGCUCUGGCCCCCCCAUCCCCCAAAUCUUUCUCGUCCCCCUGUAAGGACAAGGGGAUGCUGCGCCCAGGGCGAGGGUCCCGCUGUGCCCCCCCACGGCCGCCCCCCCCUCCCCCCGCCCCAGGACUUGACGAAUUUUGUUUGUUUGCACAGGGAAGGGCCCCGACGGUCGAGCGUUCCCUUUAUUGUCC